AUGGGGAGUGAGAAGAUACUGCCGAAGGAAGGGCAGAGGAAUAUCUUGAUCACCUCUGCCCUUCCAUACGUCAACAAUGUGCCACACCUUGGUAACAUUGUCGGAAGUGUUCUGAGCGCAGACGUCUUCUCAAGAUACAACAAAGCCCGGGGCAGACCAACCCUGUUCAUAUGCGGUACCGACGAGUAUGGCACGGCAACGGAGACAAAGGCCCUGGAAGAGAAGGUAACCCCAGAAGAGCUAUGCGCAAAGUACAACAAAAUUCACGCCGAAGUGUACGAAUGGUUUGAGAUUGGCUUUGAUAUCUUCGGAAGGACACCUACCAAGCAACAUACCGAGAUAUCACAACGUAUAUUUCUCCAGUUACACGAAAAGGGUCUGUUGGCGGAGCACAUCAACAACCAGCCUUUUUGUCCUCAGCACGAACGAUUCCUUGCAGACCGGUUCAUCGAGGGUACCUGUCCUUACUGCAGCUAUGACGAUGCUCGAGGCGAUCAAUGCGACAAGUGCGGUAAAUUGCUCGACCCGUUGCAGCUUAUCAACCCCAGAUGCAAAGUAGAUGGUGCCACUCCAGUGGUGAAAGAGACAAAACACAUAUACCUCAAACUCGACAAAUUGCAGCCCAGCACCGAAGAAUGGGUCAACGCCUCGAUAGAGAAGGGCGCCUGGUCAAGAAACGCAGCCAUCAUCACAAGAGACUGGCUUGGGAAGGGCUUGCAAGAAAGAGGUAUCACCCGUGAUCUUGCCUGGGGUGUGCCUGUUCCACUACAAGGUUUCGAGAAGAAAGUCUUCUACGUCUGGUUCGAGGCCUGCAUCGGCUAUCCUUCUAUCACUGCCAAUUACACUGAGCAAUGGGAGCAGUGGUGGAAGAACCCAGAUAAUGUUCAGCUAUACCAGUUUCUCGGAAAAGACAACGUGCCAUUCCACUCCAUCAUCUUUCCAGCCUGUCAAAUAGGAACCGAAGACAAUUGGACUAGACUGCAUCACCUUUCAGCCACAGAAUAUCUCAAUUAUGAGAAUGGAAAGUUUAGCAAAAGUCGAGGUGUGGGUGUGUUUGGCAACAAUGCUAAAGAAACUGGCGUGCCACCAGACGUUUGGCGCUACUUCCUCCUCAAGAACAGACCUGAAUCUGCCGAUACACAAUUCGAGUGGCGCUCCUUCAUCGACUCCAACAACUCGGAACUACUCGCGAACCUGGGUAAUUUCGUCAACCGUAUCAUCAAGCUGGUGAACUCACCAAAAGCCUACAACAGUAUCAUACCCAACUUCGAUCCUGAUAACCUACCAGAAUCCUUUGCUCCACACCUUGAAGAAAUCACUACUGGGCUAAAGGAGUACCUGGUCGAAAUGGAUGCGGUGCAUAUACGUUCCGGGUUGGAUAAAGCCAUGAAACUGUCAUCCGCUGGAAAUGGUCUGAUACAAGCAUUCAAGCUAGACAAUGCGUUAAUCGCCAGCGAGCCGGAACUUGCUGCGGCCGUAGCUGCGACAGCCAUCAACCUCAUAUAUCUCACCUCUGCCAUUUUCGAACCAUAUCUUCCUGCCACCAGCAAAUCGAUAAGAGAACAGCUUGACAUGCCAUUCCUACGGAUUCCUUCAGAAGAGGACAUUGCGAACGGAUGGAAGCCAACAUAUAUCAAACCUGGACACAAGAUUGGCAAGGCAGCAUACCUAUUCACCCGUAUCGAUGAGAAGAAAGCAGACGAAUGGCGCGACCUUUUCGGCGGAAACCAGGCAGAGCGAGAAAAGAAGAGAAAAGCUGAAGCUGAAGCGGCUGCCAAGAAAGCGGCCCAGAAAGAGAUGGUCAAAGCUAAGAAAGCUCAGAAGAAGAAUGCUGGCGUAGAGAAUAGUGCCAAAGGGGGUGCAGAUGGCAAGGACAUGGCAAACGCCGCAACUGAGCCUGGGGAUGACGCUGCUCUUAAGGGCGUUUCAGACGGCGUCGCGCAGGUCACCAUUCCCACAUCUUAA